AUGAGUGCUCUGCUACUUCCAUCGCUUCCUUUUGGUCAUUCUACGCUUCCUCUUUUCAAUAUCAACAAAACGUUUGAAUUGACUGGCCAUAUAACGGUAUGUUUUGAUGAUUCGAUUAUCAUAUGGGGAGGAAUGAAAGAAGAUAAUAGUUCUGAAAAUCAAUCCGAUGUUUUAUUUGUAAUCCCAAAGGAAGUAGAAAAACGUGAAAAAUUUAGAAAAAAAUUCUGGCGAUUCUAUAAGUUAAGAAGCAAUGAAGUGAUACCGUGUUUAAAAAAUGCUACUGGUAUAUUAAUCAAUGAGUUUCUCUAUAUAUUCGGUGGAUUUUCCUCUCCAGGUGAUAAUUUAUAUUGUUAUGUUAGUGCACUUGUCACAGCCAAUAAUCAAAUCUAUAAGAUCGAUUUGGAGACAAGAGAUUUUACAAAAUUAAAGCCAAAAAGUGGACUCGUUCCUCAGCCUAGAAUUAGUGCAGCUGGAUGGAAUUAUUUAGGAAAGUGCUAUUACUUUGGCGGUUGGGGUCCACGUAUUUUUGAUGGGCAAUAUGAAAUAAUCACUUACGAUCAACCAGACAUAGAAAGAGUUAUGAUAGAAACAAUUCCUGAAAAUUUUCCUUCAGUAUGUUUCAUUAAUCAAUUGCUGCAAUUCGAUCCAGAAAAGGAAGAAUUUGCCAAUUUAAGGACUUACGCAGAUAUUCCUUCUCCACGCAGUGGCGCAGCAGCUGUAUGUCAACCAAUGGAGAAUUAUGUUCUACUUUAUGGUGGUUAUGAUGGAAUUUCGUAUUUAGACGAUCUUUAUACGCUUGAUACGAAAUCAUUAAUCUGGACGAGAAUACUAUUCCGCAAUAUGACGAUUCCAGUCGGCCGUAGCGAUUUCACUUUUACUCAGAUAGAUGAGAGAAAUUUCAUUGUUUAUGGAGGCAAUGGAAUAGCGAUUUCUCAUACUUCAGAAACAUGCUGGAAGUUGCAAGCGACUUGGACUGACCCACCACAGUUCAUUUGGAGAAGCAUUCCAACUGACACAAUGUUACGACACGGCCAUGGAGCUGUAUGGUAUGACGAGCAGCUUUAUAUUGUUGGUGGAUUCUUUACGCCACCAGUGUCACCUAAGGAAACAUCGCUCGGCGCCCUUUUGAAUUUGAAAAUACGAAAGAAACUUUCCACAGAUAUUCCAAAGAAGUUGGGCAGGAAGAGCUUCUGA